AUGCACUAUUUCCGAAACUCAAAGAAAGAUCGACUCCUGGCCAUCAAUAUAUCUAAGGACACUCCAACAUACACUAAGGAAAUUCAAACCAUUACUACCUCUUCACUUGAAGAGGUAGCUACUAUUAUUGAAGAUGCAAAAGCUUCUCUCAAGUUCAAGUAUGUCGUUUCCGAGAACUGCUCUCCUGAUGUUUCUUUGGCUGUGGAGAACUCUCAGAAAUAUACAGUUGAAUCCCUAGAUAGUAUUUAUACUAUUGUAUCAGAACAAGCUUUGGCUAUCGAAAAGCUUGUUACUACUACUACCGAUCUUGAAUUGGUUAAAGAAAAGAUUACUGUUAUUGAAGAGAACUCAAGACGUAAAGUACAAAUUGCUCUCGAAACUACUGCCGAAACAGCUAUUUCCGCUGGAUUUGAAGGCAAGUCUGUCACUUGGGUUGAAACUGCUCAAAUCCCUGCCUCUUUCAAGAAUGUCAAGGUCUUUGCUUUUGAUUUGGCUGAUACUGUUGUAAACUACCGUGAAACUAUUACCAAGGCCUGGUCUAAGCUUAUCAGUAAGAAGCAAGACUCUUACGCUUUCAUUCAUAUCAACAUUGAAGCUUUCAUUACCCGUUGGUACUACCUUUACUUGGAAGAACGCUUGAAGGCCAAGUACUCUGUAUCUGAUGCUGAUGUUCUUCUGAUUGCUUUGAAGUUAGUAUUUAUUGAAUUCAAGCUUGAAUUAUCUGCUUUCACUGAAGAAGAAUUGAUCAACUUGUGCUCUGCAUGGUUUAGUCUUGAACUCUUUGAGGAUGCUUCUGCUAGUAUCCGUAAGAUCAAACAAUUGGAUGGUGUUUAUGCCGUUGCUAUUUCACAUGCUUUCACUAUUCGCACAAUGAUGGAUCUUGCCCGCACUGGCUGUCUCUGCUGGCAUGCUCAAUUUACAGCUGAUAUGUUUGCUGCCUGUACUAUCAAUAAUGGCACAAGCACCGAAGUCACCGUGGUUUCCAACACUGCUAUGCUCUUAGGCUUGAAUAAUGCAAGUGAACUUGCUGUUGUCUCUUCCAACCCCAAGAUUUUGGAAGCUGCUCAGGCUAAUGGAUCCAAGGCUGUUGCUCUUGACCGCUUUGGUACUCUUAAGCAACAAGGAUAUUCAUUUGAUGUUGAAUUUGACGCCCUUGAUAUCUUUGCUGAAAGUUUCCACAUGUUCUAUGAGACUCAAGUUUACAAAACUGUUGAAGUCCCUGUAACUCGCUCUUGGUUUCAAAGAGUAGUUUCUACUGUCACUGAAGUUGCUGAAUCUGUCGGCCACACUAUCCUUGGUUAA